AUGAGCACCACCAAGACAGAGCUUCCAAUCUGGAUACAGCAUGCGGAGGAGCACAAAAGUUGGAUUCGCCCCAAUCCCCUGCGCGUCUUUUCCACGGAGCGUCUCGAGCCGGAGAUGCCGGGCCGCGAGGAGACGGGCGAGACGCCGCCACACUGCGGCCCGCACAGACACCGGCGGGUGGCGGCCAACGCCCGGGAGAGGCGGAGGAUGCACGGCCUCAACAAAGCCUUCGACGAGCUGAGGAGCGUCAUCCCGUCACUGGAGAACGAGAAGAAGCUGUCCAAGUACGACACCCUCCAAAUGGCGCAGAUUUACAUCACCGAGCUGUCGGAGCUCCUGGCCGGGAUGGUCCAACAACACCCGGUCUCCGCGGACAAAACCUCCUGUAGGAGGAACAUGAUCCACACUCUCAUCCCGGAGCAGAACCCACGCAGGGACUCGUCCCCUCACCUCAUCAUACUCGGAGCUAAAAGUGAGCUUCAGAAAAGCACCUCCUGUCACUGCAGUGAUGGAGAAUCUUCUCAUCUCAGUGACGUAGAAGAAAGUCAAAGUGGAAGACAUUAA